GUGAAGAGAAGGCAUAGAGGACAAAAAAAAUGUCAAAGCACAGGAAGAAGUUUAUUGCCUUUGUAGAAAAAAUAAUGGCUGAAAGUGAAAAGAUAACACCAGAAGAACUGAUGUUUACCUAUAAGGGGAUUUUGUAUCCAGCUACUGUUUGCAGCCCAGAAGUCUUCAAAGCUCUUGAGUCCUUUGAAGCAAGAAGUGAUGAUGUGAUUCUAGCAGGAUACCCCAAAUCCGGUACAAAUUGGGUUGGCCAGAUUUUAACUGACUUGGUAGAUGCAGCUGCAAAAAGUAAUGGAGACACAAAUAGUGCAGAUGAUGAAUUUGAAGAAUUUCCAUACCUUGAAGUUGGAGAUCCUGAGAAAUAUCAGAGGAUGGCAAAUUUACCUUCCAGAAGAGUUAUGUUCACUCACCUUAUUCCACGUAAUCUACCCACAUCUAUCCUCAAGAACAAGACCAAGAUACUGCUGCUCAUUCGAAAUCCAAAAGAUGUAGCUACAUCUUUUUACCACUUUUCCAAUGGAUUGUCUCCACUUCCUUCUUAUAACUCUUGGGAUGAUUACUUCAAAGCUUUCAUGAGUGGACAAAUGCCCUGGGGCUCUUAUUUUGACUAUGUCUUUGAAUGGAACAAAUAUGCUGACAAUGAAAAUAUCAUGACAAUCACUUAUGAGGAACUGAAGGAGAAUAGAGCUUCGGGAGUGAAAUGCAUAAGUGAAUUUUUUGAGCUGAACCUAACUGAGCAAGCGAUUCAAGAAGUUGUAGACAAAAGUAGUUUCCAAGCUAUGAAAGAAAAUUCCCAGAAAACCCACGGUGAAUUUGGAAAAGUCCUUUUCCGCAAAGGUGGAGUAAGUGACUGGAAGAGCCUUUUCAAUGAAGAUCACAAUCGGGAAAUGGAUACAACAUUUGAAGAACGUUUAGGGGGGACUAAAUUAGGAGAAAAAAUAAAGUAUGAGGUGUAUUGCAAGUCCUGAAAAGUUCAUGAGAACAUAACUUCUCCCAGCUUCUCCUGCUUAGCUCCUGAAAUGUCAGAUUUGCAUUCCAGCAAACUGAACAAUGGCUCAGUCCAGUAUUUCAAUUAUGGAGAAAAGUUUAGAUGGGAUCUUAAUAAAAUCUAUCAGCCAUAACAGCGGUGUCAACCUUCGCCUUUGUUUCUAAUUCUAAUUAUCUACACCUAGGGUUGUCAAUGAUGGCUUGUGUUAUUCUUGGAGAAUUAGAGAUAGAACCUUGGAAGGGUGGGGUUUGGGGAUGGGAAAGAGCUUAGUAGGGUAUUAUGGCAUACAGCUCACCCUCCAAAGCGGUGGUAUAUUCCUUGUGUAAAUAUGUAUGUAAUAGAACAUUCUGUUCCAUGCCUAUUAUCUGUGUGAUUUACUUUGGUCCUUUUGGGUGGGACUCUUGCUUUCAGUUCACAGUUCUUGCUUGUUAGCCACAGCUGAUGGUUGUUAAGAACUGCCUUUCUUGCAAAUAAAACGCUUCUGUUACGGA